UGCACUGUAAUCGUCAGCCCCCUUGCCGGAGCACAGCCCGUUACUGUCUCUUUAAAACACUUCGUGUCAGUAGAAAGUUGUUGAGUCAAGCGAACAGCGCAGCUCCAAAUAAAGUUGGUUCGGGUUAACUUGCUGGAAAGCAAAACAAAAACAAACAAACAGACAUGUCUGCAGGUCCGGCUUCAUCCCCCGCUCCCGGUGCCCCUGGCACAGCCCCGGCAUCCGGGAACAACCGGCGCCUCCAUCAGACCCAGGCCCAGGUGAACGAGGUAGUGGACAUCAUGCGUGUGAACGUGGACAAAGUCCUGGAGCGAGACCAGAAGCUGUCCGAGCUGGACGACCGUGCGGACGCACUGCAGGCCGGGGCCUCCCAGUUCGAGACCAGCGCGGCCAGGCUGAAGAGAAAGUACUGGUGGAAGAACUGCAAGAUGUGGGCUAUACUGAUAGCUGUUGUCCUGGUUAUCAUCAUUAUCAUUAUAAUUUGGAGCCAGGUGUAGGGAGCGUGCCUGGAGGAACGAAGAGAGAGAGGAGGAGAAAGUGACCACGACUUCCAGCACCAAAAUCCUUCUGACUACUGUAUUCCAGAGCCCGUGGUUUUGUAAAAAAAAAAAUGAUCUGAACAGGUUUUUAAAAAAAAAUCAUUAUUAUUAUUAUUAGUAUUAUUAUUUUGGUGAUUUAUUGUUCUUUUUGAAUGUAAAACAGUCUAUAAACCUGAGUGGGGGAGACAUUGGGUUAAGCACAGAGUGGAUUAGUCACACAGUAUAUUCCACCAGCUGUUAAUAAGAGCCACACUCCUCCUCCAGCGGCUGCCUGCCUGCCUGGUAGAGCAGGAAGGAAAAGCAAGGGAUAGAAGACCCGUGGAGCUCAGUGUGGCGUCUGUUUCCAUGCCAUGGUGGUUUAGCUUUCUUUUAUUUUUUUUUUAAUUUCAAAAUUGUUCCCGAGUUAACUUGCCAAAAAACACAGCCGCUGUGCCCCAAGCUCCCUGUCCGCCUGUACCUCUGUGAUUACCCCUUGCCUUACCCCGUGUGGAAGAUUGCUUCAGAGAACGAGGGAUUUACAAUGCAGACUGUUUAUAUAUGAAAUGUCAAGCGCGGGCCUGUGUGUGUUCCUUUCAAUCGCACUGCCAACGAAAACGCCACUGCAGUGGAACAGAAGAAAACACAGCCUUUCUAUUUAACAAAGCUGGCAUACGCAGAGGCACACGUACCCGUAACAUUUGAACGGUUUGCCAGAGUAUGCAUUGUUUUUAGUAGUGAGACAUGACUCCACCGUGCCUUAAUACUGUGUGUGUAUAUAGAUAUUU